CCCAUGAAAGAAGCUGUUCGAACCUCUGUUUUGUCAAAGAGGUGGAGGUAUCUUUAUGCUUCAAUUCCUAAUCUUGACUUCGAUUUCGGUGAACUGCCGGUGGUGAAUCAGUUGAAUUUCCUGGGUUUUGUGGAUAGAUUAUUCUUUUUACGUGGCAGAACGGUAGUAGACAAAUUUAAUCUCCGUUGCUGGGAUGCACCUAAUGUUGACGCUGUGCAUCUUGAGUGGUGGAUAAGUUCUAUAAUCGAGCUUGGAAUUCAAGAAAUUCUCAUUCAUUUUGAUUUCAAUAAACUGCUGCCAACGAGUAGAUUAUUUACUUGUGCGACAUUGACAUCUCUGAAAUUGUAUUUUAUGUCCGAGUCUAGUUUACAAGUCCCUGCCAACAUUUUGUUCCCGAGUCUUAAGAUUCUUCACCUUGUAAAUUCCAUUUCCUUUUGCAAUGAUGAUUCUGCUGAAAGGCUGUUUUCUAAUUGCCCUGUUCUUGAGGAUUUGGAGAUCAGGAGUCUUUUGAUAAAGGAUGGGAAAUGCAAUUUAACUGUUCCUAAUUCUACUCUCAAGAGGCUGACAAUAGUAUCCCUACUUCUCAAUUGGGAUCAAAGUUUUGACAUUGUGAUUGAUGCCCCAAAUCUUGUCUACUUGAAAUACAAUGGGUGUGAUCAAAAUUCUCAUGUGUUUGUAAAUGUGCAGUCUCUUUCUGCAGCUGAUAUAAAUUUUUGGGAAAGUUUAUGCCCCCAGAGCAAUCCUCAUUCUGCGAGUGAUCUGAUGAGAGGGAUAUGCAAUGUUGAGACACUUUGUUUAACUUCCAUUGCUCUAUGUAGUUUUGAAAAGCUCCGUGUUCCAAUUCCUUUGUUCAUCAAUUUGACCCAUCUGAGAAUUUCCGAAAGUGGACGUAUUUUCAGCUUUUUAGGAUUACCAAAUUUUCUUGCACAAAGCUGUUGUCUAGAAACACUAGUUUUGGAACUGUAUGCACAUGUUAAAUGGAAUCCUAAUCCCUGGUACGAGCUAAGGGAAUCUGGAGCCAGUUGUUUACUGUGCCUCAAGACAAUUGAAGUUCGAUCAUUUGUUGGGGCUGAAGAUGAAGUGAAAAUGGUUGAGUAUUUCCUGGAAAGUGCAAGAGUUCUAGAGCAAUUGAAAAUUCAAAUUAAAGCAAAACCAGCAGAUCAAUCUAAGAUAGCAGAUGCAUUAAGGAGCCUACCAAGAGUCUCACAGAAAUGCAGAGUCAUUAUUGAGUAGGUAUCUCCAUCUUUCUGGUAUGUUGAAUUGGCUACUGUUGUUUCAGUUGAUUCAAGCUGGUUGAAGGACUCAUUCAAAUUGAAGAAAAAUGCACACUGCAGGUGAUAAUCAUCUAUAUUCCUUUUUAUAUUUGUUUUUCAAAAAUGAGUUCAGUGUCUCUAGUGUUCUUAUUAUGUUCCAUGGGUAGAUUGGAAGAUGGGUUUUUCUUUUAUGCUUUUCUGCAGAAGUGAAAUUGCUGAAAGGCGAUGAGUGCCGUAUCAAUGAAUUGCUUGAUGAGGUUCUUUCCCACAUUAUCUCAUUAUUACUUCCUAUGGAAGAUGUGGUUCAAACCUCUAUUUCGCAAAGAGGUGGAGGCACCUCUGUACUUCAAUUUCUAACUUGACUUUGAUUUUGGAGCAAUUCUGAUAGAGAAUGAGUCGGGUUCCAUGGA